AUGAUUGAAGUUCAAGCAAACGACAGACUAGGUAAAAAGAUUAAGGUCAAGUGUUUGCCAACAGAUUCAAUUGGUGACUUGAAAAAAGUGCUUGGAGCACAGAUUGGAACUCCGUACGAAAAGAUCAUAUUAAGAAAAGGACAUCAAAUCUACAAGGACCACAUUUCAUUAGAUGACUACGAGAUACACGAUGGAUUCAACUUUGAAUUGUAUUACGGGUAA